UAAGUUGUCUGAAAUCUGAAUCGACUAAAAAAAGCUCCGCUCUGAAAUCUAUCAAACCUAAACUAGGGUUUCAAAUAGAUCAAAAUUUCUUAUCAGAAGUGUCAAACUGUAAAAGACUUCAAAUUCAUAGAAAGUUCGAGCACCAAUGGCCUCUGGAGAAGGUGUUAUGGCUGUAAUCAGAGCUACGCGGCCGAAUUUUCGUAAUGCUCAUGACAAAGUUGCGUUUGCAGUACACGCGAUGUUCUUGAAUGCUGGGUAUCUUCUAACUGCGACGGGAUCGCAAGCUUUUUCUGAUACUAUUUUGACUUCUCCACCUUCAGAUGAGGUUGGGAUUGAGGGGUGGAAUCAGAGUGAGGAUUCAUAUGGUUUUGUCUACUUGAACACUGAUAAGGGUGUGAAGUACACAGUAUUAGUUAAGUGCUUGGUCAUGGGGGAUUUCCUGGUGAUUGAUUCUGUGAGUAGUAAAUACCCAGAUAAGGAACCUCUCAGUCUUCAAAUCAAUGUUAAUGAUUACAAUGGAGGAGACGAAAGGACAAAUUUUGCUAGCCAGUUUAAGGAUUUCGAUGAGCUUGUAAAGAAGUUGAAUCUGGAGAUAUUGAGUAAGCUUGAAGAUACACCCAAACCAACUGGGAAUAGUUCAUCAUCCCCUCCAAGUUCUACUGUCCCUCCUGUUGCUUAUGGUAUUGUUGAUGAUCGUGCUGGGUACGGUAUCGUCGAUGAUCGUGCUGGGUAUACUGUCCCUCCUGUUGCUCCUGGUAUAUUCGAUGAUCGUUUACCCGGCCCUGGAGCUGGAUUUUACCCCAGGCAUCCAGAUAUUGGUGGUGGCCCCAUGCUUAUAGGACCGAAUGAUCCACGCUGGUUUCGCCCUGCUGGUGGACAUCCUGAUCGUCCUGAUUUUCUUGGCCCUCUUGGGAUUCCACCAGGUGCACGGUUUGACCCCUAUGGUCCUCCUGAAGUUCCAGGAUUCGAACCUAAUCGUUUUGGAGGGAACCCAAGGAGGCCUUCCGGACCACAUCCUGAUCUAGCACCUUUCGGAGAUCCGGAUUAUAUAUAAACGUGAAACCUUUCGAGGUGAUGAGGUCAGACAAUCCCAGAAUGUUGCAAAUGGAUAGUUUAAUGUUCUGGUUUUCUCUUUAAACUUUUUUCUGUAGAACAUAUAGGUUAUUUCAUGUUACAAACACUGUGAUGUGAUUACAAAGUCAUGGCUACUGUAAAGUCUGUUUUCUGGUUAUGUAUUAUAUCUCCUGCCUUGUUGUUGGUGAGAGCACUAGAGCUUGUCAGUGAAACUGUUAUAUAUCUACUCUUUUGUACAUGUAUAAAUCUGUUCACGUUCAUCAAGUUUCCUUAUAAUUAUCGUCUGUCUGUUGGCUUA